GGUCAGGAACCACACAGUCACAAGAGUUCCAUCAACUUAGGAGCCGUUGGUCUUGUCAGUUCUGUUCAUCUCCCCUCUCUUCCUGCUCUUACCAGAACCUUCCACAUCAAAUCCCUCAAUUUAGGGUUUAUCUAGGGUUUAAUUCCCCCAAUUCCCAAAACCCCUUUUGAUUGGCCUUCUUAGUUUCUCCCUCUCAUUAUCCAAAUGGUUCGCUCACAUGGCGUCACUCUCAUUAAUCGCCUUGCUCGUCGAUCUUCCUGUGGUGCCAACAAUUCUGUUUAUCAAGCAGUGUUCCAAAGGGGUUAUAGGACACUGAACUCUGGGCCUUUCAAUCCAUCCAGAGUUACUGGUACUUUUGCAUCUAAUGUUGGAGGUGGGGUUAAUUUGAAGAAAUGGUUACUAUUGGGCUCUGCAAAUAAAUAUUGGGAGGCAUCUAGAUUAAUUCAUGGCUCAGCAUUUUUGGCAAGAGACUAUUAUGAUAUUCUUGGUGUGAGUAAGAACGCAAGUUCUUCCGAAAUAAAGAAAGCUUACUAUGGGCUUGCAAAAAGGCUCCAUCCAGAUACAAACAAAGAUGAUCCCGAAGCCGAAAAGAAGUUUCAAGAAGUCUCGAUAGCAUAUGAGGUUUUAAAGGACGAGGAAAGGCGACAACAGUAUGAUCAGCUUGGUCAUGAUGCUUAUGUAAACCAACAAAGCACUGGUUUCGGUGGUGGUGAGGGUGGCUUCAAUCCCUUCGAGCAGAUAUUCCGUGAUCAUGAUUUUGUAAAGAGCUUCUUCCAUCAGAAUAUUGGUGGAGAGGAUGUGAAGACUUUUGUUGAGCUAUCUUUUAUGGAAGCUGUACAAGGGUGCACCAAAACUAUAACAUUUGAAACAGAUAUGCUUUGUAAUUCUUGUGGUGGGAGUGGUGUUCCUCCUGGUACAAGACCUGAAACUUGUAAGCGAUGUAAAGGAUCAGGAGUGUUAUUUGUACAAGCCGGCAUAUUCAGAAUGGAGAGUACCUGUGGUACCUGCAAGGGAACUGGAAAAAUUGUAUCGAAUUUCUGCAAGUCUUGCAGGGGUCAGAAGGUUGUCAAAGGAACGAAGUCGGUCAAGUUGGAUAUUAUGCCUGGGAUAGACACCAAUGAGACCAUAAAGGUUUUCGGAGGCGGUGGAGCAGAUCCUGAUAGAGAUCAUCAUGGUGAUCUCUAUGUUACUAUCAAGGUUAGAGAAGACCCUGUUUUUCGCAGAGAAGGAUCUGAUAUUCACGUAGAUGCUGUUUUAAGUAUCACUCAGGCGAUUUUGGGGGGAACUAUUCAAGUCCCGACUCUUACUGGAGAAGUUGUACUUAAGGUUCGCCCAGGCACCCAACCUGGUCAGAAAGUGGUUUUGAAAAAGAAAGGGAUCAAGACAAAAAAUUCUUACACAUUUGGUGAUCAAUAUGUUCAUUUUAAUGUCAAUAUCCCAACAAACCUGACUCAGAGACAACGAGAGUUGAUUGAAGAGUUUGCCAAGGAAGAGCAAGAGGAAUUUGAUAAACGGAGAAGUGCUUCAGCUUCUGGUUGAAAAUAUCUGCAGAAUCUCCACUAUUUGUUUAUGGCAAAGUCAUGCUCAACUGGGUGGGAACCCACCUGCUAUUAGAAAUUUUGUAGGAGCAUUAAAGUUUUUUUUUUCUUUGUCAUCCACAUAGUGUAUGUAAUAUUUUUGUCAUAAGAUCACAAUCCAAAUUUGAAAGGUUAGUAUUUAGAAGAUAAUUUCCCUUGGGCCUAUACAUCAAUGGAAUUGUAGUCAAUUUUGUACAUAUUUUUCUUUUAACAGGUGUGCAAGUCACAUACUGUCAUUCUUUUUGUACCAUAAUGGUUAAACUAGCCUUUACUGGGUCUCGGAUUGAUAUGCUACCUAAUCUAAAAGUAUCAUUUUCGAGAA